AUGGUGUUUGCAACCUUGGCUAGCUCUGUCCAUCCUUCAUCCAUCAUAGACAGUACCGCUUUGAUCCCUAGCCGUGAGGCUUUAUUAAGGCAACUCGAUGAGCUACGAGCGCUGUUCCAAAAAUCCGUCCAUGAAUUUGAACUAGUUGUGAAACCAAAGAAAAAGUCUUUCAAGUGGAUCGCGAACCUAGAGACCGUGACACUGGCGACCUUCGCUGAUGCUAUCUUCAACAAGUACCCUCAGGAGGAUAAAAAAGACGUGGUCUUUGAUUUGACAACGUCAACAGACGUGAAGGAAACAUACUAUCCCAGAACAGACACUCAAUUCCGGGAAAUUCUGCGGGUACUGGUUGCCAAAAAUAUCCGGAUGAUGACGGUGACGAUAGAAACCCCCUGUAAAGCCUUCAGUGACUGGAGUUUUGCGGAAGUCUGCCGUCACUAUGAACUUUCUUUAUAUGAUGAUCCAGCGAUUACAGAAGUCUUCCCAAUUUUCGAGCCUGGCAUCAAAGACCUUGACAACGAAUCGGAGCAGGCUGCGCUCAAGCAGCUCCUAGCGGAAUUGAACGCACGAAUCAAGGGUACCCCCUAUGAUCAAGCGAAGGAAGCAACGAA